AUGGGUGGAAACAGCACCAAUGAUAGCGCUGAUCGCCUGCAAGACGAGCUUGCUCCCUAUCUAAACCCUGUUAUGUCAAGGUUUCUCUUGAACGUAUCCAAGGCCAUCUCGCAAGACCCAGGCCUGCCUAAGCCCAACCCGACGGUUUCAGCAUGGCAGGUUCCCGAGCACCCAAUUGGGUCAACCCAGUCGCCCACCCUUCCCAAGCAUACAGAUUUUGCUGUGAUCGGCUCUGGUAUCACAGGAUGCAGCGUCACCAAGACACUCCUUGAGCACCAGGCUGCCGGCAACUCUCACGUCACCGUCCUGGAAGCGAGGACUCUUGUCAGCGGCGCAACCGGUCGUAAUGGAGGACACUUGGUCACAGCCUCUGGACAUACUUUCGGCCCGCUGGCCAAGCAGCAUGGUGUUGAGGCAGCAAAGCAAAUCACACGGUUCAGCAUUCUCAACAUCGAACGGCUGAUGGAGAUGGUGAAGGAGAUGGAGCCAGGUCUGCAGGAAGCUUGUCAGAUUCGUGAUGUGCUUAAGGUCAUGGCCGUCGGAGACGAAGAGACCUGGAAGGCGGCUAGGCAGUCGGUUCUAGACUUCCAGCAGGCUGUCCCCGAACAUCAAAGUUAUCACCGUAUUAUUCAAAAAGACGAUGUUCCUGAAAGAUGGAACAUCAAGGAUGCUUCAGGGGCGGUUGAACACGAUGCUGGCGCCAUUUGGCCCUACAGACUUCUUACCGGUGUUUAUGAUCGCCUGCUCAAAACGUACUCUGGGCGUCUUGCGAUUGAGGCAAACACGCCGGUUUUGGGUGUCGAGUAUUCUCCCACAAACGACUCGGAGCAUCCUUAUCUAAUCAACACCUCACGAGGAACAAUGCGAGCUAGGAAAGUAAUCCACUGCACCAAUGCGUAUGCUUCACAUCUUCUACCAAAGCUGGCAGGUCGUGUAUACCCAUUUCGUGGGACGAUGUCUGUUCAAAAGCCUGGCCCUGCUCUAAAGAACUUAGGAGCCUCCAGAUCCUGGAGCUUAUCGCACAAAGCUUCCUUGGAUGCGGAAAGCGGCUUCUACGACACCGGGCUGUACUAUCUUCAACAGAACGCCUUGACCGGGAGGAUCUGGAUUGGAAAUGAGACAGCAUACAUGAAGGAUAUUUUGACUUCUGAUGAUACUUAUGUUCCUGCCGAAGCAAAGAAAGCGCUGUCGACAGUCCUUCCCAAAUUCUUCCUCGACGGCUGGGGCUUGGAAACGACAUCAGAGAUAGAGGCCAUCUGGUCUGGCAUCCAGGGCCACACAGCAGAUGGGCUGCCAAUCGUCGGCCAGAUCCCUCAAGCUGUUCUAGAGAAGUCGGGUGAUGAUGGGCAGUGGAUGGCCUGCGGGUUUAACGGGUACGGCAUGGACAAGUGCUGGCUGACGGGCGAGGCUUUGGUAAAGAUGAUGUUCGGGGAGGAUGUCAGCGAUUGGUUCCCACAGGCCUACAUCGUAACCGAGGAGCGGCUGCACAAGGGUCUAACGAGCGACAAGACGUUGCUCAAGUUUGCCCAGAUUGCGAAACCAAGUGGCGUAAAAAGUGAGAAGUUGUAG